AUGUUCGGACGACUGAAGCAGAAGGUUAAGGAGAAGACUGGUCGUGCAAAGGCAACCAGUCUUCCUGUGGAUGUCGACGAGUCGAUGAUCUACUUCAAAAACUUGUUGCCACGUCUGAAGGAUCUUCAUAAGCAUAUGACAGAUCUAAAUGAUGUAUACAAGUGGCAGAAGAAGGCUAAUUUCCUUGCACCACUGGAGAACUACGCGCGUCUUGGAGACAAAGUGAAUGUUCAACCAUUCAUUGAAGCUGUCAAUGCAAGAAUGUCUGCAGAGGGUGAUUCUGCGAAAGGAGUUCAAAACGAAUGUGAGAAAUACAAGGCUUACUAUUCAAAUGAUUGUCGACUUCAUCAAGAACAGAUCAACUAUUUGAGCAAGACGCGUCUCGAUAUGGAUAGUGCUGCAGAUAAGUUCGCCAAUGCUGAAACUGACGCCAACAAAAUGAAGUUGGACACAUGCACCAAGGAGUUCGAGACGGCUUGUACCAGAAUGCGUGAGCUGGCUGCCGGAAUCAAGGAGAUCGAGUCAAAUCACUCUGCAUGGCAAGACUCUUUGAUGAAAGAAAUGAAAGUGGCAUUCCGUAAAUGA